CAUUUCCUGCAUUCACUCUCGGCUUGCCAUUGCCAAUUUGCCAGUCAGUCACUGAACAUCCAUCGUCGUUCUCCCCACCCUUAGCUUCCGUUUUCUUCAAUUCACCACUUUUCUACAAUUCCAUAAGUCCUUAAUUAUUCAGAUCCGCUGAGCGAUUAAAAGCUUUUUAUUGGAAUUAUUAAGUUGCAUAUUCUGACGGGUUUCUGCACUGGUGGCUGCAGUUUCUUGAGGCAGAAGAAGACAGGUUUCCUUCAGAAGGAUUGGAUAUGGCUUCACUACAAGGCCUUGUUUUUAGUCCUGUUGUCCGUGUAAAACAAGUUGACUCACCCCUGUUGAGAGCUGAACUUGUAAGAACUGGAUUUUCUGGCGUGAAAGGGCUUAGAAAGCACAGGGCAACUGUGGGCUUCAGACAGAAUUGGAAACAAUGCCGAACAGUUCGAAGUUGUUUCAGUUCAUCCUCAAAUGGUAAUGGCAGAAUGGCAGGAAAUUCGAGCGAGAACGAUUCAAAUUAUGUCAACUCAAGUGUGCUUGAAGCAGUUGAGGUGCGAAGUGGGCCGGAUGGUUUCAUGGUCAAGAUGAGAGACGGAAGGUAUUUGAGAUGUGUCCAUAAUAACCCUCAAGGAGGACACCUACCCGAUUAUGCUCCUCAUCCAGCUAUCGUCUUGAAGAUGGAAGAUGGGACAGGGAUUCUUCUUCCGAUAAUAGUUUUGGAGAUGCCGAGUGUGCUGCUCAUGGCGGCUGUGCGCAAUGUCCAAAUUGCUAGACCAACCAUGUAUCAAGUUGUGAAGGAUAUGAUUGAGAAGAUGGGAUAUUCGGUGAAACAUGUACGAGUGACCAAGAGGGUGCACGAAGCAUAUUUUGCCGAGCUACAUCUAGAAAAGUUGGGGAAUGAACCCGAGAGCAUAAGCUUUGAUCUUCGACCCUCGGAUGCUAUUAAUAUUGCAGUGAGAUGCAAGGCGCCGAUACAAGUUAACAAAUUCUUGGCAUAUAAUGACGGCAUGAAGGUUAUUGAAUCUGCCAAGCCGUCGGUCCAGAGCCCCUCAUCAGGCAGCGUAUUUUUCACUGAACUGGACAGGCCUACCGGGCAUCCGUGCAUUGAGACAAAAGAAUUCGAUCUAAUGCGAAACAUGCUAAUUGCUGCCGUUGAAGAACGAUACACAGAUGCAGCUUUGUGGAGGGACAAGCUCACCCAACUCCGGUCCAAGAAGAACUGGACAUAAUCUGCAUCAACGGUAUUUACUGCUCCCUGUGAUUUCACCGAUUUGAAUUCAUCCAAUUUACUUGACAACAGUGAAGCAGUUCGUCCAGAUGAUUGGCAAAUGGCUUGCAUUAUGUAUAUAAGAAUUAUUGCCCUGGCUUCCCCCAAUUUCAUCCAUUGCGUAUUUGUAUGUAUGUAUAGUGAUACAGUAAUGAAACAUUUUUAUGUAUGAACCCAGUUUGGUAAACGAAAAAACCCAUCAAAUACUAGUUAAAAUUUGAA